AUGACUGCUAUCCUGGCCAGCCACCGCCCCCGCAACUGGGGUACGCUGCAGGACAUGCUUCUCGUCGGGUCCUCGGCGGUGGCCAUCUUAUCGUCCAUCGCCGUUCAGGUCGCUGGUGGGACACUAGGCUUGUCCUACCAUGCUUCCUUCAAGGGAAAGAACGUUCCCGAUGGCACGUUCGCGAGGAUGGCCACUGCUUUCCGAAAUGGAAACUCCAUCCGUUUCGGCCUGCACCACACCGGCAUGGCCCCGUCCACGUCGACCAAGGACCGGCCGUUUGCCGCCUGGUCCGCCAACAAGGACGUCGCCGACGCCUACGCUGCCAAGGUCGUAGGGCAGGCGGAGUCAUCGCUGUCUCCGCUCAAGACCACCGAUGCCAAUGGUUUGCAUGAUGUGAAGGUCAAAGGUGUCAAGAGGAGCCUCAAAGGGGUCGCGAGCUUCGACGUCUUCUUCCGAUGA